AUGGCGGUGGUCACCUCUGCAUCCACCAUAUCGUUCCCGAGCAAUACAUCGGAUAACCCUAUUUCUCCUCAGGUAACGGGUGUAUACCCGAACCUUCCGAAUAUAUCCAGCGAAUUAUCCUAUGAGAGAACAACCAAGGCAUCCCUCCGAGCUUCAGCCCUGGAAGUCCAUGACCUGGUUUGGCUGGCGUCGUCUAGGAACGUUCAAGGAAGGUUGAAUCAAUUGUACGAGAGCAACGCAGUUUACAAGAAUACGUUCGUAACCGCUACCUCGCUGUCAAUCAUCAGCGACAUCCAUUCGUUGACACACCAACUAUGCGAAGUCAGGAUACCCAAGCCCACAACAUUGAUUGCGCGAAUCUUGGGCUACCAAACCACUGAGGCCCAGAUGUGGGUUGCAUGGAGGAUAUGGAGCGAGAUUGGCACCGUAUGUGAAACCGAAAGCUUUGGUAAGCGCAACUAUACCGAAUACGAACUCGGUAAACUAAGCCCGCCUGGAAAUGAAAGAUGGACAGAGGCGAACCAUAAUCGAGCAUACAGUGCAUUUUCUAUUAUUAGGGGGCUCGGUUCACCGAUCGAUAUUUGCGACCUAAGGGAAUUGCUGUAUCUCAUCCCUGGAGGGCAUGCCGUACAGUCCGUGACGACUCGUUUUACCGCAAUCGGAUUGGCAGGACUAUCGCGUCUAGGUUUCGCACUCUCGAGAUCUGCCGAUAGCAUGUGGGAUGUGUCGCCACAUGUCAAUCCCGGGCCGCAGCCAGAUAACGUUGCGAAGCGCAGAGUGAACGCGUCUGACCCGCACAACGUACUCGGCAUGCCCCAUUCGCAACGCGAGUACUCUCACGCGCCGGAUACCGAUUCAGUAUGA